CACUGUGUGACACUGAAGCGGGUCAGGAGUGGAGAGGCGGUUCUGCUGCCUGCUGGCUACAUUAACGAGCAUUAGUCUGUGCGACAGACGGAUUUGGCCACCUGGCGAAGUUGAGGUGUGUCCAGAUUAAUAAAGAUGUAAGCAAGCACAACUUGGGUGAGCCACCAGUGAACCCAGUGGCAUGUUUUAUAGCUCAACUUAGUCACACAUGACACAUCAUAUACGACUGGUGGUGGACUGCACCUCCCACUUCGGUGCUGCUUGGUUUAUAUUCCUGGCCCCAGCGUUGCUUUCUAAAUGUGGACUCCCUGCCAAGACAUAAGAGGACGUGUGUGACCACUCCAGGGUUUGUGUCCAGAGUUUAGAGGAUCCAGGCAGGACAACAGUCUCAUCUCAGCAGUGCCGCCAUCUUCACAGGCCCUGAUCCAGUUUCACCUUUCGUUCCUCAGGUGGACAGUCCGCUGCCUGGUUGCUCGUGGUAACUCUCCGCCAUGCCUUUCCCCUUUGGCAAGUCCCACAAGUCGCCGGCGGACAUCGUCAAAAACCUUAAGGACAGCAUGACGGUGCUCGAGAAGCACGACAUUUCGGACAAAAAGGCCGAGAAGGCCACAGAGGAGGUGUCAAAAAGCCUGGUGGCGAUGAAGGAGAUCCUUUAUGGGACUAAUGAGAAAGAGCCCCAAACAGAAGCAGUGGCCCAGCUAGCCCAAGAGCUCUACAACAGCGGCUUGCUCAGCACCCUCAUAGCGGACCUGCAGCUUAUCGACUUUGAGGGUAAAAAAGAUGUGGCUCAGAUAUUCAACAACAUCCUGAGGCGUCAGAUUGGCACUCGGACGCCGACAGUGGAGUACCUCUGCACCCAGCAGAAUAUCCUCUUCAUGUUGCUUAAAGGGUAUGAGUCCCCAGAGAUUGCCCUAAACUGUGGUAUCAUGUUGAGGGAGUGCAUCAGACAUGAACCGCUGGCCAAAAUCACGCUGUGGUCAGAGCAGUUUUACGACUUCUUCAGAUAUGUGGAGAUGUCUACUUUCGACAUUGCCUCAGACGCAUUUGCCACUUUCAAAGACCUCCUCACAAGACACAAGCUACUGAGUGCAGAGUUUCUGGAACAACAUUAUGACAGAUUCUUUAGUGAAUAUGAGAAGUUACUCCACUCAGAAAACUACGUGACUAAAAGGCAGUCCCUCAAGUUACUGGGGGAGUUGCUUCUUGACCGGCACAAUUUCACCAUAAUGACGAAAUACAUCAGCAAGCCAGAGAAUCUCAAAUUAAUGAUGAACCUGCUACGGGACAAGAGCCGCAACAUCCAGUUUGAGGCUUUCCAUGUUUUUAAGGUGUUUGUGGCCAACCCCAACAAGACGCAGCCCAUCCUGGACAUCCUGCUGAAAAACCAAACCAAACUCAUUGAGUUUCUCAGCAAGUUCCAGAACGACAGAACGGAGGACGAACAGUUCAAUGACGAAAAGACUUACCUGGUCAAACAGAUCAGGGACCUCAAGCGGCCUGCCCCCCAGGAGGCCUGAGGCAGGGUGCAGAGGUGGGGGGAGGAGCCACCAGGACCAUGUCUGGACAACAUCCAGACAACGUCUGCUUAACGGACCCAUCAGCAGCUGCUGUUCUGGUUUCUGAACAAAAAUUGAGGAAACAAACGAAAAACCAACGUACCCAUAUCAACUCAUCAGGAAGUCGCCAGCUCCUCUGCUCCUCAGUGAACAUUUGAUUACUUCUUUUUUCUUUUUCAGUCUUUUUCCUUCAAAAGAAAUAAGAGAAAAUAAUAGAUGCUGCUGCUUUCUUGCACAUUGAGACAUGUUAGGUAUAUUAUAAUGACACAACAGUCCAUCAAACAUAGUAACAGAAAAUGUUGGUGCAUUCAAAGUAAGGCAGACUUCCUGAUAGAAACACACACACACACACACACACACACACACACACACACACACACACACACACACACACACACACACACACACACAUACAUAUACACUCACACACACACAC